ACAUUCGUAUGUUCUCCGCAAGUCCGCAGCAAGUGACUUGGUCUAGGGAUCUCUCGAGCGCUUCGAGAAAGUUUCAGGCCCUCCGCCCCUGCAAGCGUCCACUGACCAGACCUGGCCAGCCCAGGCGUGGAGGUGCUCGUCUCCUCCGCCGCGCCGGGACCGGCGAUGAACGGCGGGCUCCCUGGAUUCCACAAUGCGCCGGCGUCAAAGGCCGUGGUCGUCGCCGCAGGUCUCUUCUCCGUCGCCUUUGGCUUCCGCGGCCACUCCCUCAACCUCGGCCUUGCCUACCAGAGUGUUUAUGAAAAGCUGAGUGUAUGGAGACUGAUCACCUCAUUGUUUGCUUUUUCGUCAACCCCCGAGCUGAUCUUUGGAGCAGCCCUGCUGUACUACUUUAGAGUGUUCGAACGCCAAAUAGGUUCUAACAAGUAUGCUGUCUUCAUUAUCUUCUCAACCAUGGUGUCAGUACUGCUUCAGAUCCUUUCUUUAGGUUACAUGAAAGAUCCUUCUCUAAAUCCUUUGACAUCAGGACCAUAUGGCCUCAUCUUUGCAUCUUAUGUGCCAUUCUUCUUUGACAUUCCAAUCUCAAUGAAGUUUCGCAUAUUUGGACUGAGCUUCAGUGAUAAGUCAUUCGUAUAUUUGGCAGGACUCCAGCUUCUUUUCUCAUCUGGAAGACGUUCCAUUGUGCCUGGACUUUCUGGCAUACUGGCUGGGCUUCUGUAUCGCCUGAAUACAUUUGGCGUCCGUAGGUUGAAGUUCCCAGAGUUGGCAACAUCUCUCUUCUCGCAGUUGUCAUUGCCCUUUUCAAGCAAUCCAUAUCAAGGGUUACCGAUCACAGAAAAUGAUGGAAGCAUCCCUUCUCAUCAGGCACAUCAAAUUGAGGAUGCACGCGCAGCUACCCAAGAUCCUACGGAGUCUUCUAUUGCCGCACUGGUGACUAUGGGCUUUGAUCGCAGUGCAGCAAUUCAGGCGCUUGCAUUGACCAACUACGAUGUCAAUUUGGCGUCGAACAUUCUGCUUGAAGCACAAGCUCUACAGCAAUGAUACCCUGGCAUCGAGUCACAAAAGACGGGCAGAUGCACUGUACAUUAAUGAGCGUUAAGUGUUUGAUACUCCGAUUCAUUCUUCUGUUCUAGAUUUUAUCACAGGUUUCCUUGAAACAAGCCACUGUAUAUGAACGUGAACUAUGGGAACGAAAGACAAUUGAUGCAGGAGCUUUC